GCGCGCUAAGAUGGCGGCGGGCGGGCGCUGAGGCGGCGGUGGGGGCAUGGCGGCGGCGGCGGCGGCGGGGCCGAUGGCGCUGAGGCGGACGGGGGCGGCGGCGGCGGCGGCGGCGGCGCGGAGCCGCGGCGUCCUCACCCGCAGCAUCCUUAUCUGCGCGGCGCCGCCUCGUCACCGUGGGCCGUUGCCGCGCACGCCCUGGACCACCCGCGGGCCGCCGCCGGAGGAACUGGCGCGGGCGGUGGAGCGGCGGCCGGUGCGGGAGCAGGUGGAGCUGGACACCAUCACCUAUGCCGGGCGGCAGCAUUUCGUGCCCGGCCUGGCCCGGCCGCGCUUCCCGCCCUGGGACCGCGGCUGGCACGACCCCUGGCACUCUCGGGGGCCGCGCUACGAGGAGAUGCCGCUCUACAAGGAGCGCGGCUGCUUCAUCUGCCACCAGCGCGUCCGCAUGGUGGAAGGAGUUCGGCAAGCGCAGUGGCUCACCAAGACAAAGCUGGUGCAAGGCUUACCCCCGCCGGUGCUCGGCAUCAUUGACAACCCAGCUCACCGGCUUGAGGACCACGAGGAGGGGAUAAAGCGUGCGAUCUCGCAUGCACGGUUCUGGGGCACGACAGAAGUUGCUCCCAAGAGAGAGCAUUAUUGCCCAGUACUGUUUGAAGACUUGAUACAUUUAUGUCGGUUAAUGACUGUGAAGUAUCCUUCUCUGACUAAAAGAAUGUUGGCUAGAAACUACAAGAUAUCAGCUACGUGGGAAAGAGAAUCCUUUCUCCUUCAGGUCCGUGGCCUGAAUGGAAUACUUCUGAACUCUAUGGCCCCAAUACCACCAGUAGCCUCCAAGGAAGAGGUACUGGCCACUGAAGAGCAUGUCCUGGAGACCUUCUAUCCCAUCUCUCCUACAAUUGAUCUUCAAGAAGUGAAUGUGUACAAAGAGCUCAACGAUACAGGUUUUAGAGAUGGUUAUCCAUACUCUCAUCCUCACACUCUCUUCUUCCUGGAAUCGGCCAACAUUCGUCCUAACAGGUUCAGACCAGAACAACUUCGUGCUAAAAUGCUGAUGUUUGCUUUUGGCAAUGCACUGGCAAAGGCUAAGGUGCUGUACGGGAAUGAUCCCAAGGUUUUGGAGCAGCCAAUAGUGGUGCAAAGCAUUGGCACAGAUGGUCAGCUCUUCCAGUUCAUGGUGUUCCAGUUAAAUACAACGGACCUUGUCUCUAGUGAUGGCAUAAAAAAUCUAGUCUGGAUUGAUUCUGAUCAAAACCUGUACGAAAAAGCCCAGUGUGUUCCAGAAGUCAAGAAGAGAGUUAUUACGAAGCCCGCUGGAAUAUAUGGCUUUCAGCCAGACACAUUCAAGAAGUUUCUGGCACUGUAUCUGCAUGGAACUGUGUGAAAUUCAGCUCAAAUGAAAAUACUUCACCAACUGUACCUGCUGCUUCUCUUUACCAGAACCAUCACAUAAUUAAAGAAAGGGUCUCACCUCUGGAUUCGGGUUAGAGAGAGUCAUCAAAUGCAUCCUCCUGCACUCUUCCACUGUUGCCUAGAAAGAACAUAAGUCAGUCAUUAUUCCUCUGUGCGGGUUCUGCUCUCGGUGUGCUUUUGCACAGAGCUAGACUCAAACCUAUUUUCUGAGGUUGCUUUGAGUACCUCUGAAUGCAGUGUAUGUGGAAGAGACUUACAAAGCUUCGAGAGGGGAGCCUGAGAGAUGAGCCUUUUUCAUUCUGCUUGGCUUUUACUUUGUUUCACUCCUUGCUGCUUUGGGAUGUGUCGUGCUGCCCUGUGCUUAGUUCCCAAAGCACUUAAUCGGGAGAAAAUCAGCAGAACAGUAUGGGGUGAGAUGCAAUUUAAACCAAAUAAUUAACAUGCACGCAUGUAUAUGCUGCUAUUAGAGGAAGAAGAGGAGGGAUGUCUGCAGCCACGCACAGCCUUGAAUAGUCGAGGCCAGCAGAGCUGGCUGCAUCUGCGCGGGCUCC